AUGCGUUCAUUCACACUCUGUCUUUUAUUCGCUUUCCUCCUCGUAUGUUUCGCUGAGGAAAUGUUGGAAUUCAGCCCUGACGAUAUUCCAGCCGACGCUCCCAUCAUCCGAGAAAAAAGACAAUUUGGGUGGGGAGGCUAUGGCGGAUAUGGGGGAAGAUGGGGUAGAGGAUAUGGAGGCUAUGGAGGUUAUGGUGGCUACGGUGGUUACGGUGGCUAUGGUCGUCGCUAUGGAGGAGGCUGGUGGUGACUGGGACUGCCAUCUUUUUGAAACGCUCAACAUCGUGAUUUAACGUAUUUUAUAUUGUAUAAUAGAUGCAUGAAAAUAAAAU